UGAAAAUUGUGCCACAUUUUGGUAACAUACAAGUUACUGUGAGGGUCUGUAAACCAAAUGUUAAGUUUUCAAUUCCUUACAAACAUUUUCAUGCUAAAGUAGAAAGCAUCAUUAAAUUUUAGCCCAUUGUUAAAGGUACUUGCUGCCUGAAGAUGCGAUCUGGACAAACUUAGUUAAGUCCUUGGAACCCACAUAAAGGUGGAAGGAGAACUAACUUGAUCCACAAAGCCCUCUGCCCUUCAUCCACAUGCCAUGAUACAUUCACAGAUACAAUGGUAUUAAGAUUUUAAUAAAAAACAAAAAGCUUAAUUUUUAAUUUAAAUUAGCUUUUAAUUUUAAUGUGUGGUCUUGCACAACUUUAAUUUCAGUACUUGUGGAGGAGACACAGGUCAAUCUCUGUGAGUUCAAGACCAUCCUGGUCUACACAGUGAGUACCAAGAUAGCCAGAACUACAAAAUGAGGCCCUGUUUCAAAAAAGUAGAUUUAAUCUAUUGGCCUGAAACAAAAAUAGUAACAAACUUAAAUUAUCAAAAGAGAAAAAUGGGCCAGCAAGAUGGCUCAUUAGGUAAAGGUACUACCUAUCAAGCCUGAUGAUCUGAGUUUAAUCCCAAGAUUCAUGAUUCAUAUGGUGCAAAGUAAGAGCUUUCUUACUUUUCCACAAUUGUCUGUCCUCUCCAUAUGCAGACUGUGGUACAGACAGACAGACAGACAGACACACACACACACACACACAUAAAACAAAAAUUUUAAAUGUGAUAAAUACAUUUUAAAUAUGAAAGAAAAUUAAUUAUAAACUAACCAUUAUUGAACGCUAGAUAUAUUUAUUUGUACCUUUCUCUUUUUAUAUACAAGAUGAGCGAAUGACUGAAUUAAAGUGCUAAAAGAUUAUUAUUCAGAUUUUCUGUAAAGUAAUUCCAUGUUAAUGUUUUAUAAAAUAACAGCAUUAACAGCAAGCAAUUGUACUCUCCUUUUUAUACGUCCUUAAAAGAUGGGAAGGUCAGGAAACUGGCAUUCUAAAUUUGGGUUAAUAGUUAAAAUAGAAAGUACUAAAGCCUUUAUAGAAAUAUUGAAGUUCCUCAAAACCAAAGAAAUAAAUCUGUCAUAUAAUCAAGCAACCCCACCACUAGGUAUAUACCCAAAGGAAAUGAAAGCAGAAACUGAAAGACAUAUGCUUAUAAAUAUUUUUUACAGAAUUAUUCACAACAGCCAAAUAAAUGGAUGAGGAAAAUAUGAUGUAUACUGGAAUAUUAUCUGGUCAUAAAAAGAACAAAAUUAUAUUAUUUGCACAUGGAUACAACCAGGGGACAUUAUGUUAAGAAAAAUCAAUCAGGGGCAUGGCAAAAACUAUUGUGUAUUUUCAUUUAUUCGUGGAAGCUUUAAUGUUGAUCUCAUUCAGGUAAUGUGUAGUGGUUUGUAGAGCUUUAGAAAAGGAGAUGGCAGGAAGGAUGGUCAGUGGGAUAGGAAGAAUAACUGUCAUGUCCCUUAGCUGUUAAGGACACAUACAUUUUAAAAUAACUACAAAAGUAGAAUUUAGAAUGUUCCAACACAGAGAGAAUAACUUUUUGAGGAGGUUGAUAUGUCAAUUGUCCACUGCACACUGUAUGUAUGUAUGUAUGUAUGUAUGUAUGUAUGUAUGUAUGUAUGUAUGUAUAUGUGUAUAUACAUAUAUAGAGAGAAAUAUUAAUUUUUACCUACAGUUAUGUACAUAGUGUGUCAACUAAAAGAGAAUAUAAAAUAGUAAUAGUAAAAGAAGAUACCAACUUCUUUCUUGACUGGAUUUCUUGCAACAAAACAGAAUAUGGUCUCAAGCUUCCUAAAAAUUACAGAAAUUUCUAGUUUGCUUAAUGUGCUUACAAGUAAAAAUUUAAAUUUAAGAUUUAAAAUAAGAUUUUAAAAAUGUGUUUGUGAUAAAAUAGGUUUCAAACGAGCUAUUAGAAAGUGAAAGAGGGUUUUUAAAAAAUUAUUAUUUUACAUGAAUGUUUUGCAUAAAUAUCUAUGCAACAUGAACAUAGAGUGCCCGUGGAGACCAGAAGGGGGCACUGAAUCUCCUGGAACUGGAAUUAUAACAGCCACAUGGGUGCUGGAGAUCAAACCCUAGUCCUCUGAAAAGGUAGCCAGCGCUCUUUUUUUUUUUUUUUUUAAUUUUUUUUUCCGGUCCCCAGCCCCAGGGGACCAAACCCAGGACCUUGCGCUUCCUAGGUAAGCGCUCUACCACUGAGCCAAAUCCCCAACCCCGGUAGCCAGCGCUCUUAAACCCUCAGCUAUAGCUCAAAAGCAGUGAAGCAGGGUUUUAUAGACACCACUUUCAAUAUUUUGUAAGCUAAUAUGCAAUGUAAUAUGCUCAGGGAGGGCGCUAUUAUGUCGGGGUCAGGCAGUGUUUCUCAAUGUGACUUGUGAAUAAAGUUCAGCUAGUUGGAAUUAACUUAGGAAAACGACAGAUUUUUAAAAUGAACACAAUCCCUUGCCAUCUAGCUCCAGAUAUCAGAACUUUUGAAAAAAAACAAUAAUGCACCAUCCUCAGAGAGUGCAUACUAAAGAAAGACCUAAACAAACUAAGAAUUUAGUGCCUUGGUGUGGUGGCAGCAUGUCUAUUAUCCCAGCAGUUGAGAGGUUGAAAUAUGAAAAUCACAAGCUCAAGCCUGGUCUGGACUACAGAGUCAGAUUCUGACUCAUUCAAUACAAAACAAUUUUCAAGUCUCCCCAAAAGGGUCCAUCCUUAAGUAGUAGGAAGACUGGUCACAAGUUUUCAUGGCUGAAAGAAGCGAAGAGAGUUCUAGAAUGUUCUCAGGAAGCAGGAGCAGUCCCUCGGCUACCGUAACCGGAUAUCAAUAUCACAGAACGGAAGUAUCAAACUCUCUGCGACCGUUAUUUUUGCCUCCAUUACCGUUGCCGCUAACAAAGGAGAGUCUUGUCUCCAGCGUCACGCCAUGGUACUGGUGUUUCUUGGACCUUCUUAAUAAGGUACUGGUGUUAUUUGAACCUUGUAAAUUUGUUAAAAUGGCCUUAUCGAAAGCAAAGCCCUUGUCUUUAGAAGACUGCCAGUGUCUCCUUUGUAUGGAAUUCCUCAUUGAGCCCAUAACUAUGCCUUGCAACCAUACAAUGUGCAAAUCAUGCUUUAAAGCGCUUCUCCGAAAAACAAAUUUAUUCUGCCCCUUCUGCCGCUCCUGGAUCUCUUCAUGGGCUCGGUACCAUACUCAUGUGAACAGUCUUAUCAAUAAGGAACUGUGGGAGAGAAUUCAAACUCAGUACCCAGAGGAAUGCAGACGUAGGACCCCUGGGGAAGAACGGUCUUCACUGGUCUUCAGUGAUCAUUCACCAAUUCGAGUGCUAAGUAAUCCUGGAGAACUGAGGAAAGAAUAUGAAGAGCAGCUGAUUAAGAUGGAGGCCGAGCGCCAGGCCACAAAGGAAAGACAAAACAGAGCCACUGAGGAAUACAUAAAGCAAUUACUGGCAAAGGAAUUGGAGGAGGAAAAAAUGUGGGCAGAAAAGCGCAGACUGGAAGAACGGGAGCAAAGAGAGGAGGAAGAGGCUAAAAAGAGCAGCACGAGUGAUCCAGUCACAUCGCCAAGAAAAAAAAAGAGCAAACGAAAACACUGUGACGAUGUUCCGAAGUUUUCCCCUCAUCAGCCUCAGCUUGAGUCAGCAUUGCUGUAUGAAACUGUGCAGGACAGCAAGAAAACGUCUGGCAGGAAACAAGAAGCGAAAACUGAAGAAAAUAUGUCAGCAGCUACUUUGUCAACAGGUCCGGAGAAUCCUCAACAAGGUACUUCAAAUUCACGUUAUGAGGUUUUUUCUAACUAUGAUGCAAAAGUGGGCAGUUCAGAAGAUGAGGCACCAAAAGCAAGCUGCUCCAAUAUCGACUGUUAUGUCCCAUCUAAGAACAUUAAACCUGAAGCUAACAUUCAUACUUCUGCCCAGAGAGAGACUAUGAGCAAAACAGAGGAAACUGGAAACAGCACAAUUGAGGCAAAAGAAAAAAUGUCCCAUCCUUCGAGUGGUAAACAUACUUCUAAAAGAAAGCAUCAGGAAUAUCCAUCUGAAGCUGCCGGUGAGCCUGGCAUUUCUGAUGAAGUAUCUCCUAAAUCUUCCUCGGACAAGGAAUCACAAGACCUCAUUACCAAAAAGCUGAUAGAUUUGGAGAAACUGUAUUAUGAGAAGCAUCUACAAGAAGAACAAGAUAGAUUAUUUGCAUUGGAGCUUCAAAGAGCACUGGAUGAAGAGGAAAUGAGGGAAUCGUGGAGUAAGAAGUCCCCACGGAUCUAUCCAUUCCGUUAUGAUACCUUCAAUCCAGACACCUCAGCAAAAGAGGAUUCCAAAGAUAAGAACAUCUGAAAGGGUCUUUUUAGAGCCUCCUGACAGCCGUCUGAGCACUGUAUUUACAGGUGUACAUCCCUAAGUCGGGCUUCAUUUAUCAUUAAUUUUUUUUUCUUUUUUUCUUUUUUUUUCGGAGCUGGGGACCAAACCCAGGGCCUUGCGCUUGCUAGGCAAACGCUCUACCACUGAGCUAAAUCCCCAACCCCAUCAUUAAUGUUCUUUAUGACAACAGAGAAUAGGAAUGUGGUUCUGUAAAACUUAAAUGAUAAACAAGGGUGCCUAGCCUUCAUGCUAUCAAUAGCUGUUCUGAUAGUUCUUGUAUACCCAACCAAUGAAUUACUUGCUAGACAAACAAGCCUGUUAAAAGGUUUCUUGUUUGCUUUGUUUUGAAUGGAAUAAAGAGCCAGAUAGAUCUCUGUUGAGUUGGAGGGCAGUCUGGUCUAGAAUAGUAAGUUUCAGAGGGCUAUAUAAUGAGAUCCUGUCUCAGUCAAAGCAGACAAAAUAAUACAACAAACUUAAAAUGGAAUAAAGGGCUAGAGGUAUAACUUAGUAGUAAAGUGCCCUUAGUACCAAUUUCCUGGUCUGGAAAACAAAACAAAGAAACAAACAAAAAAAAGCAAGAAAAAAAUAGAAUAGGAAGAUAGGAAUUUAAUCCAAGAGAGUAACAGCAAAAUAUUUUAUGGUAAGGAACCUGAAAUAAUUAUAUUAUUUCCACAUAGUAUUCCUUAUGUAGAUACUAACUUUAUAUGUACUGAGACAAAUAGUAAAAUAUUUAGGGGCUGUGUUUAGAGGCACAUGCCUGGUAAUCCCAGCACUUUGGCAAUUGAGACAACAGAAUCACAAGUUCAAGGCCAACCUGGGAUCCAUGGCAAGACCGUGUCUCAAAAAGAUUUUUAAAAAGGAGUUGGGGAUUUAGUUUAGAAGUAGCAUACUUGACUGGGAAGCAUAAGACCCUGGGGUUGGUUCCCAGUGCCAAAACAUAGAAUAAAAUAUAAUGAUAAAAUAUAUAUGAUAAUCUUGAGCUGGUGAAGUACACCUCUCAGUGUUGCCAGAGCGGGUUGCUAUGUGGGACAGAGACUGAAGGAAAUGGAAUCCCAGAUGAAAGAAAGCUGAAGAAGCCAGCAGACAUUAGAUUCCAGCAUCCGCCUGUCAACAUGAACCUGAUGGCAGCAACUCUCCAGAGAACAUCUAGAUCUUCAGCACCUGAUAGGGACUACCAGAAGCUUCCAGAAGACAUCUGUCUAUUGGUUUGAUUUAAUUAAUAUGAACUUUUAGCAGAUAGUUCUAACAUUUCUAAGAGUCAGUUAUCCUUUUUGCCUUUCAUCUAACAUUUUAAUAGAUUUUAAUUAGCUUAUAACAUUGUAGGUUUCCCUAUGAUAUUUACAUACAUAGUUUUGGCUAACUGCACUCCUACCCUCUCUUCUCCCAUCUCCUCAACCCCUACUCCAUCCCCUCCUUUCUCCCAUCUC